UGAGGUCGAAAGUUAGACGAUACCCGUUCAAAAAUACGGUUUAAAAUCCAGCUUCCACUGAGCUGCAUCUAUAACUGGAGAGUGAACUUCCCCAGCGGGCGAUUCAAAAAACAGGCGGUCGAAAUUUUCAAAUUUCAAGCUCGAUUUCAAGCAAUUUUUUCUUGAUUUAAACGAUUUAUAUGGAGUUAUUUAAAGUGAAGAAAGAUUGCCUCUACGAUGUAGUUGUAGUUGGGGCAUGUUUUUGUGAUUUACAAACGUAUGUGCAAGAAUACCCGAAGCCUGGCGAGACAGUGCUCGGUCGCAAGUUUCAAAUGGACUUUGGUGGCAAAGGGGCAAAUACCUGUGUGAUGGCAGCGAAAUUGGGCGCCAAAACUAGCAUGGUAUCUUUAGUAGGAGACGAUGUUUUCGGAAGGGAGACGGUGGAAAAUUUUCACAAGUUUGGAGUGAAUACAGAAUGUGUUGGAGUGACUACAGAAGCUGCAACUGGAAUGACUAAUUGUAGUAUGUAUAAAUAUACUAGAAAAUACAUGCAUGCAGAAACCCUCGCCUUGCUGACAAAACCGUUGUAUUUUCCGAACAUGAAGUAUCUAAAGUAGUUGUUAUGGUAACACGAUAAUUUUUUAAGAAUAUUCUUACAAAUGAAAAUCGCCUAAAAAUAUCACUUUUAAUUACAAAAUUAUCAAUUUCUCAACAUAUAUAUGUUAGGUAUGUAAUUAUACGUAAUACAAGCUUCAAUUUAAGGUAAAAUUCAACAACAAACAAUUCACAAAACGUUUUAAAGUGUUCUUUAUAAAACUAAACUGCCUUUAACUAUUAAAUGGCUUUAUCGAUAAACUUUGAGUUUGCAAUAAAAUGAUUUCAAAUUCUCGCUUGCAAAUAACUUUCCUUUAUUUUUUAUUUAAAAAAUUCAAUAUAAUAAAAAAGGGAAUCAAUAUUAAAGAUACACUGAAAUUAUAUGCUGUCUUGUAUGUCUUGUUUAGUUGUUUGAUAUACGCAAAAGCCGUCGGGUUUUAAAGCCAUUAUAAAAUCAAUAUUUAAAACAAACUUACCUUCGUUAACGUCAGCUCCGUUCUUUUAGCUGAUCCUUUGGCCCUUUCAUUCUUGAAAUUUACAAAAUCUUGCAGAAAUACGAGCAAAAAUGAAGAAUAUUUGCAAGAAAUUUGACAAAUUUAUCAAUCAUCAACUCAUCAAAUCAAGAAAUGUUUGCUAUUUCGCUGUCGUCAUACAGCCGUUAUAAUGCAAACUUUAAAUUGGACCAAUCAGUGUCCGUUAUUCAUGACAGUCCGCCAUAUUUUUGAGAUCAGUGAGGAUGACCACCCAUCGUUGGUGACCGACGCCCGCGCUCAUUGAUGAACUUUAGACUUCCCUAAUGCUUUCGUUUCCCCGGGUGUAUAUAGCCGGGUGGAAUUAGUACCCUCGCACGGCGCUUCGCGCCGGCUCGGGGACAAUUUAAUUCCAGAGGCUUUUGGGUCAUUCCAUUUAUUAUCCCCUCUAUGGAUGAGCUCUGUUCAAAAUUUGUCGUCCAGGAAUCAGACUUCUGAGAAGUCCUCAAUUGGAAGGGGGGUACUAAAAAGUGGAAUCAGUCUUUCAACAUAUUUAACCUUGUGGGAAAUAUGGUUUUAAAGAAAAAGUGACCUCUAUAGGAAUCGCAGCAUUAUGCCAAAAACCCCCUGUAGGAAUCGGAUCAUCCAUAUGGGGGGAGGAGGGGUCGGAUAUUAAAUGGAGUGACCCCUUACAGAACGGUUGAUCCUUCAAAUUUUCCAUGCUAUUAUUACAUACAACAUUUAUUUACAGUACAACGUUUAUUUCCGUAACCAGUUUGACAUAUUUUUACAAAUAGCCAAUCACAUAUGAGGUUCAAAUUCUGAAGCUGGUGGAAGUGAGAUUCUCAAUUGAUUUGACCAGAGGCUCUUUCAUCUUUGUAUUUCUAUAACCCAUUGAGUGCCAGCACUCUUUCCUUGACAAGUGAAAUUGUCUGGCAUUAGACAGAGUAAAAUAAUAUAGUGCAAUGCAACUUAAUGGGUUAGAGCCUCCUGGACCAGGGUUAAAAUAUGUAUAGUACAGUAUGUACAGUACAGUACAGUACAGUACUCAUGUGAAUGGUAAUGUUGAUACAGUAGUAAUAGUAAUACAGUUCUGGAAUGACCCAAUUGAUGUUACUUACAAGUCUAAUCUAUUAUUGAAAUUUGAUUAUGGACUACCGAGCUGUCCGAGCGUAUUUAGACCCACUGAUCACGCUCUUGCAGUUUGGUUUUUAGUUCGUAGUCAGAGUUGGAUUGAAAGCGUGUAGAUCUAAAUCGAUGUGUCAGCAAUUAGCGGAUCCUAUAUUUUUAACACUAGGCACUAGAUUGUUUGAGCUGCGUAUAUUAUAGUAAAAAAAUCACUUAAAAACAUGCAUUUUCUAAUCAUUAAAUUAAUUUUAAAAGUGACGCCAGAAUGCAGGAAAUGCUGUUUCAGAGCCCCAAAUUUUAAAAUUUUUCCAGGGGGCAUGCCCCCGGACCCCCUAUUAGUUGGGUGAACGUAGUAAACCAGUCAUCAAAAACCCUGCAUCCGCCCCUGCACAUGAUCAUCACCACCCCCUGAAAAUUUUGCACCCCCCCUCCCAGAGAAAAAUAUGAAAAUCCGCCCUGCUGCAAUUCUACUUAAUCCGAUGAAAAAUUAUGAGGAAAUGACAAGUAUGUCGUACAAAGCGCUAAUUAAGAAACAAAUAUGUUCUCGAAGAGCAUAUGCUUUAAUUCAGUCUGAUCUUUAUCUCUUCUCAUUUUCUGUAGUGCUGGAAAUAGCAUUCUAAAGAUCAUGUAAACACAAAUUUAUGGAUGGGGCAUGCCAAUGAGUUGCAUGAUGAUCAUACUGACCCCCCUGCUUCUAUUAAUCAGGCAACAUCUCCAGCCACUACCGUAGGAACCGAUAUUGUAUGGGGGGGGGGGGGCAUUAGUCUUGGGCUAUUAUUAGGUCAUUUCCCUCUCAAAAUUUACAAAUUAUUGCUAGUUUACAAAUUAUUGCUAGUUUACAAAUUAUUGGGGGGUGCUGAAGCCCCAGCCCCCCUGGUUGCUACGGCCCUGCCAGCCAUCUCCACACAUUAUAUCCAACACCUAUAAACUUAAGACAAUUUAACUGAGCAAGCCAGCAGUGUAGCUGAAUAAAAUACUUUUUUUUUAAAUGAAUUUCCUAUUUCCUUUGUUACUUAGUUGUUGACAAAGAUGGAGAACCAUCAUACAUCAGUAUCCCUGGUGCAAGCAAGUGUGUCACAACUGCACACGUCAACAAUGCCAAACAUGUCAUACAACAAGGAAAGGUGCUGAUCACCAACAAUGGCAUCCCUCUGCCUACAGCCAUAGAAGGCUUGAAACUUGGCAAACACUUUGGAGCUAUAACAAUAUGCAACCCAUCACCUAAUGCACUUGAACUUCCCAAUGAGUUGUAUGCAAAUACAGAUAUUUUGAUGCUGAACAUGGAUGAGGCAUCUGCACUUACAAAGGCAAAAGUUGCUGCUCGUUCUGAGGCCGAAGACGCCUGCAUUUGGUUUCAUGAUAAAGGUGUACCGUGUGUUGUCAUGACGAUGAGAGAGAGUGGUGCAAUAGUGUCUGUGAAUGUCUUGGAUGGUGAUCAAGGCAAAUGUAAGUUUUUGAGUUUUAAAGACUAUAUUUAUGAUAGCUACCAGUUAAUAGAUUGCUAAUAGACAAAUUUAGCUAAUGUUGUUCACAUUAGGGCCAUUUAUACGGGACAAAAUAAGUCACGACUUACAUAAGACGCGUCUUAUAUAAGCUGAGUUAUCGCAUAAAUGGUUCUCUACGGCUUUAUUCUUAUUUACUUGCUAUAGCUAUAAUGUUGUUUCGGUUGUUUUUGUUUUAAUAUGCAAGGCUAAUAAUUUUACGUUGUUUCAAGUUUCGGACAUGUGUAGUUAGAAUUUUUGUCCAAAAUUUCUUAUUUAAGACGCGACUUAAAUAAGAACAGCUAAAAGUCCUGUUCUUAUGUAAGACGCGUCUUAUCCAAGACGCGUCUUACAUAAGAAUUUUGUACCUUUUAUACGACAAACUCGCGUCUUAUUUAAGUCGCGUCUUAUGUAAGUCGCGUCUUAUUUUGUCCCGUAUAAAUGGCCCUAUUGUGGCUACCCAUUUCACAACUUUAGAUAAUUCACAUGUCUUGUUACUAUUGCUCUAGUUUACAGAAGCAUAGAAUAGAACAAAAGUAACUAAGCAUCAAUGUUAUAUCCAGGUGAUCUCGGAACUAGGAAAAGGCCUGGCACCAGUUGUAAAAUAGAAAUCCAUUUCUGGUUUAAAAUUACUCAAUAUCUCAUCAACGGUAUUAGAUUUCUAUUUCAAAUUUGUCCCAGACAUUCAUUUCCCUGUGAAAGACACAGACACAAAGCUUCAAACAGUUUCACAAAAGAAUCGGGGCGUGAUAAGUGAUUAAAGGUACGAAACUGGAUUUCCAUUCUGUUGCUAGUCCCAGUCCUUUUGCUCACCGUCAGAUCACCUGGAUGUAUAAGAGUUAUUAACUCAACAUGUAGCUCAUGCUAAUGCUUAGUUACCUUUGUUAUUAAAAAAAUAUUAUAUGCUUCUGUAUACUAGAACAAUGAUAAUUAGGCAUGUGAGUUAUCUAUUAAAAGUUGUCAAUUACCGUAUGUAUAAAGAAACGUUAGCCAAAUUUGUCUAUGUCUUUUUUUAUUUUAAAGAUGAUGCUUAAUCUACAGUUAAGACUUAUUCGGGUUAAUUUGCAUAAAAGUAGAGCAGAGCUCUGCUCCCAUCGGUUCAUCAUCUAAAUCUAUUGAUUAAAAUCGAUUAAUCGUAUCUAGAAUGGCCCUUCCAAGAAGUGGGCAUGUUUUUAAAUUCUUUUUGACAGCCAAGAAAUAAAAAACAAGUUGCGUUUGUUAUUUCAGUGAUCAUGCAUGUCUUGCUAUGAGAUAGCUUAGAUUAUCAUUAAGAAUGUCGAUAUAUAAUCGUAGAACAGUCAAAAAAGACAAAUAAUAAUCGAUUAAUCGGGAGCAGCUCUAUAACAUACUGAACAUGCAUGUAAAAGCAUUUGAUUAGACAGGUGAUUUAUAUUUGGUAUAAAAAGGUAUACAAGGUACAAUAGACCAUAAUAAUUUUGCACAGUAAAACAGUGUUUCAAAAAUUUGCACAACAAAUGUACGUACAGAAUGUUAUCAAAGCCAUUUUUUUUUUCGGAUUUGGAAAUUGGCAAUCACAAAUUACCAUGGUUCACGUUAAUCGUAACCAUGGUUCACAACGACCAUAACCAUGGUUCAGGAUAAUUAUAACCAUGGUCCAUGGUUCACAUUAAUCAUAACUAUGGUUCACAUUAAUCAGGACCAUGCUUCACGAUAUUCCUAAUUAAAAUGUAAAUAAAAUAGAGACAAAAUGAGAUGGUACCAAAUUGUCAACUACAGAUAUAGUGCUUGAUAGACCAUAGUUAAUAGAGGAGAUGGUUUGGAAACUCGUUAGCAUUACAAUAAAAUCACAAUAAACCUCAUUAUCUAUGUUGUUCAGGUUUAUGCAAAAAUGUGGUCUUUCAUCGUCACGUGCGUAUUGUAUUUUUCCCAAGUCAACCAAUAGGAAUGUUCAAAAUGUCCAAUUGUUAAAGUCAUGGAUGGGCAAUUGGACAAAACCGUUGCUAUUGGCUGGUUGAGCAAAAAUACAAUACGCACGUGACGACGAAAGACCACAUUUUUGCAUAAACCUGAACAAAAACAUAGAUAGUGAGGUUUAUUGUAAUGCUAAUAAGUUUCCAAACCAUCUCCUCUAUUAACUAUGGAUAGACCAAAGCUCAUUGAGCUGGCUGGAUCCAUCCCUGGUUCAAUAUUUUUCCUGAUUUCUUGAUAAAUCAAUUCCUUGAUAAUAAAUUAUUGAUCAUUCACAAUCAUUGAACUUGAAUUUUCUUCAUACACUGGUUAAAUUGAUGCAGUAUAAAUAACGCACAACUUCUUUUGCGCUCCAAUGAGAUCCAUCUUGAAAAGUCUUAAAUAAAUCUUGUAGGUCCAGAAAGGACGUUGUUUCAUGUUCCAACAAGAAAAGCGCACGUGGUUGACACGACGGGUGCAGGUGACGCUCUUGCCGGGGCAUUCUCAUUCUUCCUCUCUUGCUAUCCACAUUUAUCCCUGAAGGAGAUCAUGCGGCGAUCUGUUGCCAUAGCAACACAAACUGUUGAAACGGAAGGCGUACAGAAGAGUUAUCCAAGUCGCGAAUCAUUGCCACCAGAAUUGUUUGAUUAAAAUUACUUGACGCUUUUAUUAAUUAUUAUAAUAAUUAUUAACAUUGAGGUAAAUUCGAAGUAACCAAUAAAAUUAACUUCAUCGCCAUUGUUUGAGCACAAAAUUUGUAGCACUGGAUAAAUUUACUUUACCAAAUGCGUUUUUAUUGAUUGCAAUAUGAUUCUAAAAACUCCAUUUUUGGAAACGACGGGCCACGAAAUUCAUUUCGAACUGCACUAAAGAUAUGUCGUACGUACAACGGUUACAGGGAAAGAAUCGUCUACCACGUGGAUUUAUAUAUAUGUACUUACAAUCCUGGCUAUAAAUCACGUAACGACGACGAAAAUAACAUCAUCAAACAUGAUCAAGAUUACUUCAAAAACUCGUACUUUAUCAGAUCAGCAAAACUUUGGAACAGUCUACCCACAUGUCACAAUUUAUCUUUGUUCAGAUAACGUUUAAUUAAUUUAUGCAAUAGCAAAUCAUAUAAACUUCCUAGCCGUAGCUAAGUUGAGUUUACCCGUAACAAAAUUUCACGCCAUUUGUUAUGAUUGUAUUGUAAAAAAAUGUAAAUUACUAGUAAAAUACUUUGC